AUGAAAAAAAUAAAUGCCGCUGGCUGGGCCGACGCAGACGCUGGUGCUACUUGGUACGGUGAACCAGAGGGAGCAGGUAGCACCGGAGGAGCUUGUGAAUAUGGCGUGGCAGUGGCAAAUCCACCGCUAUACGCGAUGGUUUCAGCCGGAGGCCCUUCACUAUUCAACAAUGGAAAAGGAUGUGGAACAUGUUAUGAGAUUAUGUGCACCGGGAAUCCAGCAUGUUCAGGGAGCCCAAUAACGGUGACGAUAACGGACGAGUGUCCCGGUGGUCCUUGCGUCUCUGAGCCAGUUCAUUUUGACCUUAGCGGCAAAGCCAUGGGAGCCUUAGCCAAACCUGGCCAAGCCGCUCAACUACGAAGCGCUGGUCCUCUAAGUGUUAGUUACAGACGUGCUGCGUGUUUAUAUCAAGGAACUAAAAUAGCUUUUCAUGUUGAUGCCGGUUCUACCCCGUUCUACGUGGCAUUCGUUGUGGAAUACGAAAACGGUGAAGGAGAUUUGGCCUCCGUUGAGAUUCAACCGGCCAGCGGAGGAUUUAUGCCCAUGCAAGAGAUGAGGUCCGCCGAGUGGAAGUUAAACUCCGGCAGUCCACUGAGCGGACCGUUCAACGUUAGACUUACAUCUGGCGAGUCUCGUAAAGUAGUGGUAGCUCAAGCUGUUAUUCCGGCGGAUUGGAAGCCUGAUCAGAUUUACCGGUCAAUCGUUAACUUUUAG